CUACGGAACAUUUCUCAUCGUGGCUUCGCUUAUAACUAUAGGCUCUCGACUUGCACCGUAUUGCAAGAUGUCCACCAGCAGCGAGCGCCGUGAGAUCGUCAUUGUGGGUGGUGGUAUUAUCGGAUGCUGUUCGGCGUACUACCUGACGCGACAUCCGUCCUUUGACCCAUCGCGUCACUCCGUGAUACUCAUUGAAGCAACUGAGAUUGCAGGAGGGGCGUCGGGCAAAGCCGGCGGUCUUCUGGCCCUAUGGGCAUAUCCAAGCAGCAUCGUGCCGCUGAGCUACAAGUUGCACGCAGAACUAGCCAAAGAGCACAAUGGCAAAGACCGAUGGGGUUACCGAGAGGUUAAUUGUGGACAGCUUAUUAUCGAUGGCCGACGGCUUCCUGACAAGAAAGAGACUAGUGGGGGCAAUGGGCCAGAGUCUGUGUCGCUGCAGAAGCGAAGCGCUGCUGCCUUGGAGAAGCUGAAGUCUGCCAGAGUCCCGCAAGACCUGGAUUGGAUCGAACCCGAGCUCGUGAGAGGCUAUGAGAGUAUGAGUGAUCCUGGAGAGACAGCCCAAGUCCAUCCAUACCUUUUUACUACUUCGAUCGCCAAACUAGCCGAAGAGAGUGGUGCGAAAAUCACGCUGGGAUCUGUUACAGGUAUCAACUACUCGGAGGACGCCGUUCAGUCGGUGACCUAUACCGAUAAGAAGAGCGGUGAGUCGCAAACGAUUUCUGCGACUGAUGUCGUUGUUGCUGCCGGUCCUUGGACAAGGACCGUCUUGCCAGAAGCACCUAUCUCAGCGACUCGCGCCCAUAGUGUUGUAAUUCGUCCUCCACAGCCGGUCAGCGCCUACACGCUGUUCACCAACAUAGCGUUACCGGCGAACUUCGAUCCAACGAAGCGCUCUCGACCGGAUGUGGCGAGUCCAGAAAUCUACGCUCGGCCCGACGAUACUGUCUAUGCAUGUGGCGAAGGUGAUCAAACUGUCCCCCUGCCUCCGACGUCUGCCGAAGUUGAGGUGGAUGACGUGCGAUGCCAGGAGAUCAUCAACCAGGUUGGCAGUAUAUCUGACCACCUUCGCAAUGGAGAGAUUUGUGCACGACAGGCUUGUUACUUGCCGAAUGUAGCCGCUGCACGUGGAGGCCCAAUGAUCGGCCACACGGGGACGAAAGGAUUAUACUUGGCCGCUGGCCACACUUGCUGGGGUAUCCAAAAUGCGCCUGGCACUGGCAAACUCAUCAGCGAAUUUGUCUUCGAUGGGGAGGCCAAGAGCGCACGCAUUAAAGCGCUCGACCCGAGGGACUAUUUUUGAAGGGAGUGUAUAUACAUAGAAACCGCAUAGAGUAAAUAUCCAUUGCUUGUGGCUACUAGCGCAGGUACCUUGGCUCAGUGGCCGCGGCACUGCGGAGCUUGGGCCACGUAAGUUGCGGAGCGGAAGAGCGGCCGAAGCUCCUGUG